AUGAAUUCAAGCUCAUCUCCCGGUAGCGAAUUCAUAACUGGAUGCGAAGGAUGGAUUGUUAAUUCUAAAUGCACAGAGGCUCGUGCAGUAACUGUUAUCUUAAUAAUCGUGAAUAUAAUUACUGUCCCCAUUACGUUAAGUUUAUUGAACGGACUUGUGAUAAUCGCUGUGAAAAGAAAACCCCAAUUGAAAACCAUACAUGUAUCCAAUAUAGCCCUUGCAUGCUUAGCGACUACAGAUUGUUUCAUGGGAGUGAUUGGACAGCCUACUUUCAUUGCCCUCAACAUAGUAAUUUUACAAGUCGACGGUUCUAAUACAUACUGCUUCAUAAAGAAACUCUCGAACACCGUUGUAACGGUAUUAGGUAGGGCAUGGCUGUUACACCUAACUCUGAUGUUCCUUGCCAUAAAUCGCCCGUACCGGUACACAAAUGUGGUUACACAAACUCGCAUUCUCCGUUCUUCCGCUUUUGUGUGGAUUGUGGCACUACUCUCGACUGCAACCUCAUUCUCUUCUAACAAUUCCUUAGGCCAGUUAUACAAUGGUAGCACAAUCAUUGCGGUUUGCUGUGCAGGUAUUAUUAUUUUCUGUCAAGUCGUGCUUUACUACGAAGCUCGCAGUCAAGAAAAACAGAUCGCUGCCCACCACGUUUCAGAAGACAACAGGCAAAAAUUUGUAAAGGAGAAGAAAGCUCUGAAACUCACAACGACAGUUCUUUUCUUCUUGGUACUGAGUUAUUCGCCUUUGAUUGUUGUUAAUAUACUUAUUAGAAUAUCCUUUAUCGAGUCGUCAUGUGCAGCACACAUUGCCUUAGCGAUAGCAUGCUUUCUGAUAAUACUUAAUUCCCUUAUAAACCCAACUAUUUACUGUAUUAGAAGAAGACAAUUUCGGGUAGCUUUCAUUGAAAUACUCCUCAGAAAGAGUAAUGUAGAGGCGCAAGAAACUGAAAUGCAAAUG